GACGAAGCCUCGUUUCAAGGGCUCUCUCUGCUGCCGCGCUGGCAGAAGAUACAGCAGCAGAGCGCUAUCGAGGGCCGCACUGCAGCAACAGCAGAAGGAGCAACGGAAUGGCCGCGGCAGCAGCAACAGCUGCAGCAGCAGCAACAGCAGCAGCAGCAGCACAGCCACUCAACACUGUCUGAUUCACCGCGUGUCCUCUUGAAAAGUCCCCUCAGCCUCCCGUGCCCCUGA